AUGUUGCCACCGGAAUGCCGCAAUCUGUAUGAAAGUGGACUUGCUCGAAUAUUAGUGACCCAUAUCAGUCUCGGAAUUGCCCUUCUAGGAAUCCCGGCCAAUAUUUUCGCCCUCAUUGUUCUUCACGCUGAAAAGGCCUGUCGAAGCCCAACCCACAUUCUGCUGAUCGCUCUGGCGAUUGAAGACAUAAUGAUUAUACUUUUCUAUGGCAUGUAUUAUAUUGCCAUGCAUUACUAUGAAUCCUAUAAUAUGGUGUGGUUGGGCUUUUUGCGAUAUAUUGACACACCACUGUUCUAUCUUGUCAACUGGAUUAAAAUGAUCGAAAUAUACACGGUGGUGCUCCUAAGUCUCGAGCGCUAUACAGCUAUUCGGUGGCCACUGAAAGCUGCCCACUUAUGUUCCGUCGGGCGAACAAAGCGCGGUCUGCUAAUAAUUACGCUGUUUUCGGGGAUUUUCAAAUUGCCCAACUUGAUUCUGGACUAUCGCGUUCUUCAGUGGUCUCCAGCCUGCAAAGACUACAAGCUUGUGGCCAUAUUUCGUGAGAAAUCGUGGUAUGAUACAUUUAAACUGGUACAUGUGCAACUGUUAGACCAGGUCUGCUCUUUCGUCAUACCGCUCAGUUUACUGGUAUUUCUCAACUUUGGACUAAUCAUGCGCAUUAGGCGCUUCGAAAGGCGACACAAAUCAGGCCAAUGGUCCAUUAAGCCACUAAAUGGAUCAAUUGCUAUCAUUACCCGAAAAACUUCCUACAAGCCACAGAAACCGAACAGCUGCGUUUCGGAGUUGGAAGACGAUGAUACUGAUCUUACUCUGCCCCCACGGGGAACCUGUUACUCAUUUAACUCUCGUCUGCGCGUGCCGCGAAAACCAAUCCUCACGGAGAGGAUCUUCGCAGAACCGAGCGUCACCUCGUCCAACGCAUCUCCUGAACAAACGCUCAAUGGAAAUCAACAAGGAGCUUUACGAAAUACAAUGAGUAUAAAAGGUGGUCAUAAUGCCAACGCUAGCAGGACAAGUAGAAGCAUAUUAUUGACACUGAUUGGAGUAGUGACCACGUUUAUAAUCUGCGAAACACCCACCACAGUUUGCUUCCUCUUCGAAAUAUGGCACCUGGUCUCUGGAAUUGUCAGUGAAGGCGGAAAAGCAUCCUUAAACACUUCACUUCCUGAUAAUUCGCCUGCAAACAGCACAAACGACCAAUCGGCUAAUCCUUACGACCUAUAUUAUUAUGCUUACCCCGCUGCCCUUGUACUAGUCCUAGUAGGCUGUGCUAGCAACUUCUUCAUCUACGUUCUCAUGGGCAGACGAUUUCGUCGAACAUGCAUUCGACUACUCGUCAGGUGUAGUUGUGUUAUAUGUUCUCAUUUUAGACGCCGCAAGUCUAAACGCAACGAAGAAGACUCUGGUUUCAUUCGACCACUGAAGCAUAGACAUACGCUACGCCCAAAAAAGGUCUGA